UUGCUUGAAGAAGCGGACUGCUGUCUUCAAGUAUUGACUGUAAAGUUGAACAAAACAAAAAAAAAAAAAAAACCCAACAACAACGGUAUUAUCGUGCACCAUGUCAGCCUUACGGAGGAAAUUCGGCGAGGACUACCAGGUGGUGAACACCGACCGGGGCGCGACUUUCUGCGCGCCGGCCAAAAGGAAGCGGCAGCGCUUCGUGGAGAAAAACGGCCGCUGCAACGUGCAACACGGCAACCUGGGCGGCGAGACCAGCCGCUACAUCUCCGACCUCUUCACCACGCUGGUGGACCUAAAGUGGCGCUGGAACCUUCUGAUUUUCAUCCUCACCUACACGGUGGCGUGGCUGGUGAUGGCCUCCAUGUGGUGGCUCAUCGCUUACAUCCGCGGCGACCUGAGCCGCGGCGGCCACGACGCGUCCUACACGCCCUGCGUGGCCAACGUCUACAACUUUCCCUCUGCUUUCCUCUUCUUCAUCGAGACGGAGGCCACCAUCGGGUACGGCUACCGCUACAUCACGGAGAAGUGUCCCGAGGGCAUCCUCCUCUUCCUCUUCCAGUCGCUGCUGGGCUCCAUCGUGGACGCCUUCCUCAUCGGCUGCAUGUUCAUCAAGAUGUCGCAGCCCAAGAAGCGCGCCGAGACGCUCAUGUUCAGCCAGGACGCCGUCGUCUCGCAGCGGGACGGCAAGCUGUGCCUCAUGUUCCGGGUGGGCAACCUGAGGAACAGCCACAUGGUGUCGGCGCAGAUCCGGUGCAAAGUCAUUAAGUCACGGCAGACCCCGGAAGGCGAGUUCCUGCCUCUGGACCAGUGCGAGCUGGACGUGGGCUUCGGCACCGGGGCGGACCAACUCUUCCUGGUGUCGCCGCUCACCAUCUGCCACGAGAUCAACAGCAGGAGCCCCUUCUUCGACCUGUCGCAACGUUCGCUUGUGAACGAGCAGUUCGAGAUCGUGGUCAUCCUGGAAGGCAUCGUUGAGACCACAGGUAUGACAUGCCAGGCCCGGACGUCGUACACGGAAGACGAAGUCCUGUGGGGACAUCGUUUCCUUCCUGUCAUGUCGCUGGAGGAGGGCUUCUUCAGGGUGGACUACUCUCAGUUUCACAACACCUUUGAGGUGCCAACGCCUCCGUACAGCGUCAAAGAGCAGGAGGAGAAGUCAUCGCUGACGGCAUCUAACCAUCUCCCCGUGGCUCCUGCGUCGUCCUCCCCGCCGGCGGGUAACUGCGGACGAGGAAGCCGCCGGGGGAGGCUCCUUUCGGCGGACCACGCCGAUCACGCGGAAGACCAGGCCGCCAAGCUGCCCAGCAAACUGCAACGCAUGAGCUCCACCAGGGAGGAGCAACUGUGGCGGGGGGGGAAAUCAGGGGUGGCCCUGCCCGGCGGGAAGGCCUCCAGCACGGGCGACCUGCCGCUCAGCAUCCAGAGGCUGAGGUCCGGCUCCAUCCCCGCCGCUCGUCAGGGAGGACGCCAGGAGGAGCAGGUCCAGCUCCUGUCCUUGGAUGGGGACGCUGAGGAGGCAGACGUGGAUAAGCACAGACCGCCGUCGGCCAUCAGCACCAUCACCACCCAGAACCCGAGUUCCUUUGCCGGGGGGCGGCUGGAAGACAACUUGCCUGCCAAACUGCGCAGGAUGAACGCCGACCGCUAACGCUAAGGACCAAACCUGAGACUUUAUGGGCAUUCUGAAACAAUGAAAUACUGUGAUGUCACAACAUUUAACUGCAGGUUUUAUUUGCUUUUAGAAAGUCAAGAAGCCCUUCGCCCACACAUACCGCAAGUGGUUUUGAUAGCUCGCCAUCUGUCCUUCAACAUUUUCAUUUCCAUUCACACACUUUCUUACGAGAUUACAUAGACUGUCAGUAAACAAAGCACCAAAGUGGGGCUGAUGCCGACUGAUUGUUUGCUAACCCUUCUUUUCUCUGCUUGGUUCGCCUUGGAAGGUCAAAUUACUUUGUGGAAUUCAGGAUCAAGUACGAUAAAGGGGUCUAAAACCACAAUCAAAGAUAUAUAAGCCUGUUUGUCCGCUUAAGGAGCACCCUUAAGGCAGUGUUUUUCAACCCUUUUUGAGCCAAGGUACAUUUUUUGCGUGGAAAAAAUCCUGAGGCACACCACCGGCAGAAAUCAUCAAAAAACGAAACUCAGUUGACAGUGAAAGAUCGUUGUCGCAAUUUUUGGAUAUGACUUUAAACCAUAACCAAGCAUGCAUCGCUUAAGCUCCUGUCUCAAAAUACUUAUUAUUAUUAUUACAUUAUUUUGACUUUAUUGCUGUUUUCCUCUGUGUAGUGUUUUAGUUCUUGUCUUGCACUCCUAUUUUGGUGUCUUUUUCUCUCUUUUUUUUUGGUAUUUUCAUGUUGCAGUUUCAUGUCUUCCUUUGAGCGAUAUUUCUCGCAUCUACUUUGUUUUCGCAAUCAAGAAUAUUCCAGUGUUUUUUUAAUCCUUCUUUGUGGGGACAUUGUUGAUUUUCAUGCCAUGUUCGGAUGUACAUUGUGGACCACGUCUUUGCUCCACAGUAAGUCUUUGCCCUCCUCCAGCAUUUUGUUUUUUGUUUUACUUUGUAGCCAGUUCAGUUUUAGUUUCGUUCUGCAUGGCCUUCCCUAAGUUUCAAUGCCUUUUCUUAGGGCUACUCACCUUUUGUUUAUUUUUGGAUUAAGCAUUAGCCACCUUUUUACCUGCACACCGCCUCCCGCUGUUCCCGACAUCUUCAAAAGCAAUUAGCUACCGGCUGCCACCUACUGAUAUGGAAGAGUAUUACAUGGUUACUCUACCAAGCUCCAGACAGCACCGACACUCAACAACAACACAUAAUUUGCAGACUAUAAUUACUGGGUUGCAAAAAAUAUUUUGAACCCAAAUAGGUGAAAUUAGAUAAUCUCCCAUGGCACACUAGACUGUAUCUCACGGCACACUAGUGUUGAAAAACACUGCCUUAAGGUAAGAAAUAGCUCGUCCCUGGUUGGUACUCUCAAAGGUAUUUGGAGUUGUUUAGGUUCUGGAAAUCUUAAGAAUCCAAAACAGGGUCCCGUUAUGCAUGAAGAAACAGAUGUAUAAUGUAAUUUAAUCAAUCAAUCAAUCAAUCAAUGUUUACUUAUAUAGCCCUAAAUCACUAGUGUCUCAAAGGGCUGCACAAACCACCACGACAUCCUCGGUAGGCCCACAUAAGGGCAAGGAAAACUCACACCCAGUGGGACAUCGGUGACAAUAAUGACCCAGUGGGACGUCGGUGACAAUGAUUACUAUGAGAACCUUGGAGAGGAGGAAAGCAAUGGAUGUCAAGCGGGUCUAACAUGAUACUGUGAUAGUUCAAUCCACAAUGGAUCCAACACAGUCGCGAGAGUCCAGUCCAAAGCGGAUCCAACACAGCAGCGAGAGUCCCGUUCACAGCGGAGCCAGCAGGAAACCAUCCCAAGCGGAGGCGGAUCAGCAGCGCAGAGAUGUCCCCAGCCGAUACACAGGCAAGCAGUACAUGGCCACCGGAUCGGACCAGACCCCCUCCACAAGGGAGAGUGGGACAUAGAAGAAAAAGAAAAGAAACGGCAGAUCAACUGGUCUAAAAAGGGAGUCUAUUUAAAGGCUAGAGUAUACAAAUGAGUUUUAAGGUGAGACUUAAUGAAUACAAGGGCUCUCCAUAUGAAGUUCUCAGUCGCUUCCUGCUCCAUCACCGACAAUAAUAUAUUGCCAGAUUUCACCUUAUAGUCCUUAGCAGCUCUUGUGAUGCACAGCAUUAGUGGUGCUUGUCUUUUUGGGCCCAGGCACUGGGUUCAAACCCUGGACGGAGUUGAGGUAUGGCAAUGUUUAUAUGUUUUAAGACUGUUGAAAUUGCCAUAUCGCACAAAAACAUUUUUAACAACUAACCCGUUUUAGUACAAAACAUGCAUCAAGUUAAAUUCAUGUUUGAUUCCAAAGUAUAAAACCAUUUUUUUUUAGCCUGAUAUGACAUGUGGGUGGUACAAGACACUACUGUAUAUGAAAUGUUCUCAAUUUUUCAUGAUGUUGUACCAGUAUCAUGAGUCCCUUUAGAAGCAUCAAACUCAUUUAGCGUUCUAAAAAGAACCCCCCACCCCUACAAAAAAAUAAAAAAGGCUUUGCUACACAUCUUAAAGCAGUGGUUCUUAACCUUGUUGGAGGUACCGAACCCCGCCAGUUUCAUAUGCGCAUUCACCGAACCCUUCUUUAGUGAAAAAUAAAAUGUUUUUUUCUUAUUUUAAUGAUGUUACUAUAUUAAAUAAAUACUAAUAAAGAUAUAUUUUACAAACAGAAAGUUACAGGAAUGUACACAUGAUCCCAUGUUUACAUCUCAUUGUGCAACACGUGAAUGUUUUAGUAGUACCAAAAUGCGAUAUCGGAAAGGGGUACAAAUUAUUUCCAACCCCACCUUGUACAGAGCUCAUGAAAAACAAUGGGUUUUUUUGGCAUUGUAAGUGUGCUAAAACACUUGUAUUAGAAAAUAAUCUCAUGGAAAUGAUUACUGUCAUUUGGUUACAAUAAUAAAACAUUGAACUUGUUAUUUAGUCAGGUAUGGACAGAGGCUCUGUCAAACCCCUGAGGCCAACUGACCGAACCCCUAGGGUUCGAUCGAACCCAGGUUAAGAAUCACUGUCUUAAAGCCAGAAGCCACCAGUCAGCUACAGACGACAGAGUCGUGAGUUUUACUAUCUUAUUUUAUUUUUUUAGGCGAACCGAGCAUGACGUGGCUGUUAAAACGAACAAAAAAAGAGGAUAAAGCCUACUUGGAGACAGCUCAUGAGGAGUUCAAGUACCUUGUGGUCUUGUUCACGAGUGAGGGAUGAGUGGAUCGUGAGAUGGACAGGUGGAUCGGUGCAGGGUCUGCAUUGGUCCGUUGUAGUGGAAAAGGAGCUGAGCCGGAAGGCAAAGCUCUCAAUUUACCAGUUGAUCUUCGGUCCCAUCCUCACCUAUGGUCAUGAGUUUUGGGUUAUGACGGAAAGGAGAAGAUCACGGGUAGAGGCGGUCGAAAUGAGUUUCUUCCUUCGGGUGGCGGGGCUCUCCCUUAGAGAUAGGGUGAGAAACUCUGUAAAGCCGCUGCUCCUCCACAUCGAGACAAGCGAGAUGAGUUGGUUUGGGCAUCUGGUCAGAACUCCACCCAUACGCCUCCCUGGGGAGUUGUUUAGGGUGUGUCCGACCGGUAGGAGACCAAGGGGGAGAGUCUAUGUCUCACAGCUGGCCGGGGAACACCUUGAGAUCCCCCGGGAAGAGCUAGACUAAGUAGCUGGGGAGAGGGAAGUCUGGUCUUCUCUGCUUAGGCUGCUGCCCCCGCAACCCCACUUUGGAUAAGCAUAAGAAUAUGAACAGACACACAAAACAGUAUGUUCACAAUACCCUAUUCAACUUCCAGCAUCGAGGCUACAUUUCGGCCCUCAAAUACCUCACUGUGAGACUUAUUUAACACUGGUUAAUUACAACAAACUCAAUAAUAUUCAUACAAAUAUGGAAGACAUUGGAAGGGUUAGCAAGCUGGCAGUUUGACUGAAGAGAAU